AUGGAGUUCACCGUCAGCGCAGCACGGUGGGUGGUGGGCAGGGCGCUGGGCCCCGUCACCGGCGAGCUGAUGGAGGCAUGGGCGGCGAGCAAGAAGCUUGGCCCCAACAUCCGCGAGCUCAAGCUCCUGCUCCUCCAUGCGCAGGCGAUGCUCGAAAAUGCCGAGGGCCGGGACAUCCGUAACGGUGCACUGGAUCAGCUGCUGUCUCAGCUCCGGGACCUGGCGUACGACGCCGACGACGUGCUGGACGAGCUCGACUACUUCCGCAUCCAGGAUGAGCUCGAUGGCACGUACGAGGCGGUCGACGACGCCGAGGAGGAGAGGGGCCUUGUCCGUGGCCUCGCCCUGCACGCUCGCCACACCGCGAGAGCCAUCGCCAGAAAGCUGAAGUGCACGUGCAGUGCCAGCGCCAGGAGCCACGCUGAUGCAGAAGAAGGGCGAUGCCUCCCUGCCACUGCUGUCGGUAAACUCCUCCCUUGCUGCUCUCCCCCAACUGUGCACAACGAUGAUGCCGCUGGUGCUAAGACAAAUGAACAGCAUCUCCAAGCCCCUAAAUUGAAGUUUGUUAGGGUUGAAAUGUCCAAAAAAAUGUCAGAGAUAGUAGAGCAGCUUAAGCCUGUUUGUGACGCUGUUGACAGAAUUCUUGGGCCACUACAGCCUUCAGGCCACUCCAAAAAUGCUAAAACCCAAUGCAUUGAUUUAGAAAAACGACCUAAAACCACCCCAACGAUUAUUGAGCAUGAAUUAUUUGGAAGGAAAGACCUUAAAAGGAUCGUGGCAGAUGAAAUUAUGAUUGGCAAAUACCGUGAUAAUGACAUUACCGUGCUUCCCAUUGUUGGUCCAGGUGGUAUCGGGAAGACAACUUUCACACAACACAUAUAUGAAGAAGUGAAGAACCACUUUCAGAUCUCCGUCUGGAUAUGUGUUUCUCAAAAUUUCAAUGCAAAUGUAUUAGCAAAGGAGAUUGUAGAAAAAAUGCCUAAGGGAAACAACGAAAAGGAAAAUGAAAGUGACCAAGAGAAAAUCGAGAAAAGAAUACAAUCACAGCAAUUCUUGCUUGUCUUGGAUGAUGUGUGGGAAUAUCAUGAGGAUGAGUGGAAAACCUUACUAGCUCCAUUUAGAAAAAGUGGAACAAAAGGAAAUAUGGUAAUAGUUACAACUCGAAAGCAAAAGAUAGCAAAAAUGGUCGAAUCAACCGAUUGCUCAAUAAAAUUGGACCGCUUGGAUCAUGAAGAUUCUAUGCGGUUAUUCCAGGCAUGUGUGUUUGAUAACAACAAGACAUGGGAAGAUUAUCCAUCGGGUUUACAGAAAGUUGGGGUAGACAUAGUGGACAGAUUGAAGGGUUUCCCUCUUGCUAUAAAAACCGGGCAUCCUAUGAUGUUGGAGAUGUGUUGUGUAACUUUUCAGAACUUGUACAUCUUCGAGCACUAUGGUGAAUUGGGUUUUCCAAGGGACAUGGGAAACCUUCUAAAACUACGCCAUUUUCUUGUCCAUGAUGAUAAUAUUCACUCUAGCAUUUUUGAGGUGGGAAAACUAAAUUUUUUACAUGAGUUACGGAAGUUUGAGGUCAAAAGAGAAAUGAAAGGUUUUGACUUGGAGCAAAUUGGGCGACUACUAGUACUCCGUGGGUCACUGGGCAUUUAUAACCUUGAAAAGGUUGAAGGGAUCAAGGAAGCAAAUGAUGCAAAACUAGCAUAUCUAAACCAUUUGGAUAGUUUAGUAUUGGAUUGGGAUAAUGAGCGAUGUAAUAGGGAUCCUAUCAGAGAAGGAAAUGUUCUUGAAAAUCUUAAACCACAUGACAACAUUCGAGAGCUGCACAUUGCAGGGCAUGGAGGCGUAUCUUGCCCGAAUUGGCUAAGUGGAGACCUCUCCAUUAGAAAUUUGGAAUCACUUCUGAUAAAAUAUGUAAAUUGGGACACAUUUCCACUUCCAGGAAAGUUGUACAUGACUGAGGGUCAAGAGCGUCAGGGUUCUGUCACAAGCCACGACUUUCAUAAUCUGAAAAGGUUGGAGCUAGUUAACAUACAAAAGCUGAAAAGAUGGCAUGGGGAUGGUGUGGAUUCAGGUUUGGAGAUGUUGAAUUACAGUAAAGACGAAUCAAGUCUGUAUAUCACAGGAAAAGAUGCUCCAGGUAGCAUGUUUUGGAACAUGCUUGAUUUCAAUAAUCUAACAGAACUGCAAGAGAUGAAUAUCACAAAAUGUCCCCCUAUAUCGUUGGAUCACCUUAAAAUGCUGACAUGUCUCAAGACCCUUCAGAUAACUGAUUCAGGUAGCAUAUUGUUGCCAGUUGAUUGUGAAAACUAUGUCCAGUACAAUCUUCCAGUUGAGAAACUGAUAAUCCGUUCAUGUGAACGUAGCAAGGCUCGGUGUGGCGGAGCAGCGAACAAUAACAACUCCUGA